UUCUUUUGUAAUAAGAAGGAACGCAACUGAGUAGGGAAGGUGUAUCCCGCAGCUCCGCAAGCUGGAACGUGAGCCAGGAGGCCUGACCGGCUACGGGAUUGAGAGGCACUCCCAAAGAUGCGCGGCUGCUCCUUCCCAGCCUCCCGGCUGUUACCCUUUUAAAUGUCAGCGUUCGAGGCUGUAGGGGUAGCACGAGGCAUCGAAACGGAACAGUGGGAUUGGCCGCACGCCUCAGUUCUAGACGCACCUCUCCACCGAAAGGCCGUUCUGACUGGCAGGGGGAGAAAGUAAACAGAGUUGAAUCACCCUCCCCACUGGCCAAUUGGAGGGGGUUUGGAUUGUGACGUGAUGGGAUUCUGCGAAAUUGUUACUGAGCGAGAGAAUGCCGGAACGGUGCGGACCGGCAAGAGCAGGGGCUCAGAAGCCGUCAGUGGACUGGGGGAAAAGUGUCUCUUAGAUCUGGCGCUUGGUCCGGCCCUUGCCUCCCGCGUCCGGGUAGUUGGGUGAAUGUCCUGGGGCUUUGGCUCGACGGAGAGGCGGCGGAGGGCGUGUACCUCUCUUGCAGUUUCCUCUCCCAGCGCCUCGGGGGCGUUUUCGGUCGAAUAAACUUGCGACCGCCACGUGUGGCAUCUUUCCAAGGGAGCCGGCUCGGAGCGGCCGGCGCGCCCGUCGGGGGGGAUCGCGCCCGACUCUGGGCACGGGCGGCGGUGGCGAGUGGCGGCGGCGCGGCGGAGCCCGGGGCCGUGGAUGCUGCGUGCGGAGGCGCUGCCGGUUACGUAAAGAUGAGGGGCUGAGGUCGCCUCAGCGCUCCUGCGAGUCGGAAGCGCCCCGCGCCCCCGCCCCCUUGGCCGCCGCGCCGCGCCGCGCUCGUCGUCCGAGGCCAGGGCACGGCGAGCCGAACCUCCGCAGCCACCGCCAAGUUUGGCCGCGCCGCCGGGGUUGCUGUCGCCCGCACCAUGUCCGCGGCCGCCUACAUGGACUUCGUGGCUGCCCAGUGUCUGGUUUCCAUUUCGAACCGCGCUGCGGUGCCGGAGCAUGGGGGCGCUCCGGACGCCGAGCGGCUGCGACUACCUGAGCGCGAGGUGACCAAGGAGCAUGGUGACCCGGGGGACACCUGGAAGGAUUAUUGCACGUUGGUCACCAUCGCCAAGAGCUUGUUGGACCUGAACAAGUAUCGACCCAUCCAGACCCCCUCGGUGUGCAGCGACAGCCUGGAGAGUCCGGAUGAGGAUAUGGGAUCCGACAGCGACGUGACCACCGAAUCUGGGUCGAGUCCUUCCCACAGCCCGGAGGAGAGACAGGAUCCUGGCAGCGCGCCCAGCCCGCUCUCCCUCCUCCACCCUGGAGUGGCUGCGAAGGGGAAACACGCCUCUGAAAAGAGGCACAAGUGCCCCUACAGUGGCUGUGGGAAAGUCUAUGGAAAAUCCUCCCAUCUCAAAGCCCAUUACAGAGUGCAUACAGGUGAACGUCCCUUUCCCUGCACGUGGCCAGACUGCCUUAAAAAGUUCUCUCGCUCCGAUGAGCUGACCCGCCACUACCGGACCCACACUGGGGAGAAGCAGUUCCGCUGUCCGCUGUGUGAGAAGCGCUUCAUGAGGAGCGACCACCUGACCAAGCACGCCCGGCGGCACACGGAGUUCCACCCCAGCAUGAUCAAGCGAUCCAAAAAGGCGCUGGCCAACCCUUUGUGAGGUGCUGCCCACCCGAGCCAGGGAGGGACAGACCCAGAAGGACGAACUACUCCAGACAGACAGGUGGGAACCACGGCCCAGAAGAGGCGCGCUGCCAGCACAGGAAGUCGCUGUUCUUUGGUCACUAGUCUAAUCUUCCUCUCCCUGCAUUGUUUUUAAAAAGCACACUGUAGCCUAAGAUCAAAGUCAACACUUGGUCCCCCUUGCAGAGGCAACUCUGAACCAUCUCUGACUGUUGGAGGGGAGGCAAGUGCUUUUUUUUUUUUCCCUCUCCUUAAUUUUUUUUGGGGGGGUGGCGGGUGGGGGGAGGGGGUUAAGGCCAAGACUGGGGUAGAAUUUUAAAGAUUCAACACUGGUGUACAUAUGUCUGACUGGGUGAGUUGACCUGUGGCAUCACACAGUGAUUCUGGGCCCUUUCUGCUUGCUCUCUCAGAGUUGUUUUCUUACCUUUUAAUGUAAUGACGAGUGUGCUUCGGUUUCUUUAGCAAAACCACUCUCUUGAAUCACGUUACCUUUUGAGAUACAAAACGCCAUAGCACAGCUGUCUUUAUGCAAGCAAGAGCACAUCUACUCCAGCAUGAUCUGUCAUCUAAAGACUUGAAAACAAAAAAGUUACUUAUAGUCAAUGGGUAAGCAGUCUGAAUUUAUACUAAUCAAGAUAAACCUUUGAAAGGUUACGCUAAGUACAGAACUUUCAAACCUUGCUUUGUAUGAAUUGUACUUUUUGAACAUAAGCUGCACUUUUAUUUUCUAACGCAGAGGAUGAAUAAGUUAAACACAUGCUUUAAGGAUAGAAGCAGACAUUCUGUUUGGAACCACGUUAUAAUCUGCUUUGUUUUACAGUAUACACGUUUCCCUAUGAAAUCAUGGCAGAGAUGUGAGGGCAGAAUAUAUACAACAGAUGCUGAAGGAGAAGGAGCAUAGUAUUUUUUUUUUUAAUUUAAAAAAGAACAAACAAUUUUAACUCUAUAUUAACUUUUCCAAAAUUUCCAACCCUUUCAGUUAACCUCAUCUUAUUGUACCAUAAUGCCACAAAGAGAGAGGGCUUUGACUCUGUUGGGUUUUAUUUGAAUGGGUGCAUAACAGCAACUAGCUCUGAAAAUGUUUAUUUUUUGGGGAAAAGGUUUGUUGGUUACCUUCCCAUGUUCCUACAAAACUCCCACUAACAGGUGCAAGAGUUAUGUAAAAGGAAAAGGGAGUGAAAUGUGAAAAGAAAAAUAAUAUACCCCUAUAGGUAGUGAGCACUAAGGGAAAGUAAGUACCACAAUGAUUUCAGAGGAGACUCCGCAAAAUCAUCCCUUUUGGAGAAGGAAGGCACAUGGACUAUGUAGGAAUGACAAUACAUCACUGUAUCUUUUAUAUCAGUAGCCUCACCACUAUAGAUCUCGUAUCCAGGUAUCUAAAAUGGCCUCAACCACUACAUCCAUAAUAUGCCAUUUACCUGAAAACUUAAUUUUGGCCUUUAUGUGGUCAGAAAAAUGAACUGAGUUUUCAUCAUUAAAGAGAAACCUCAAAUAGGGGAGUCAGCAGCGAUCAUGGGAGAAAUGUUUACAUAUUCUUCUUUUUCAUCAGAAACAAUGUUUUCUGACAAUUUUAUCUGAUAUUUAAAACAGGGAGCUAUGGUGCACUCUAGUUUAUACGUGUGCUAUGAGAUGUGUUGUGUAAACCUGGGGUGCCCACCUAUCAGCGAACUCAUCGUUUCACCUCACACAUGCUUGUUUCCAGUUCAGAACCAGUGUGGGCUCCUGCAGCAGGCAUGGGUCACAGCUGACUCCAACUUCCAGUACAGUAGCCAUCACUAGCACGGUGUUUUUCUUUUGUUUGUUUAACCAACGUAGUUGUAUUAGUAGUUCUGUAAAGAGAACUGCUUUUAACAUUAGGGACUGGGAGCAGUCCAUGGGAUAAAAAGGAAAGUGUUUUCUCACGGGAAAACAUGUCAGGAAAAAUAAAGAACACUUUCUACCUCUGUUUCAGAUUUUUGAAACACUUAUUUUAAACCAAAUUUUAAUUUCUGUGUCCAAAAUAAGUUUUAAGGACAUCUGUUCUUCCAUACGAAAUAGGUUAGGCUGCCUAUUUCUUACUGAACUCAUGGAAUGGUUCUGCUUGUGAUCCUCUGCACGCUGCCUUUUAGUGAGUGAGGAGUUUGGGGUUGCCUAGCAACCCACUAACGUGUACAAACUCAUCUUUCCCUCACAGAGCAAAAUGAAGGAAAACCAAGCAAAGUCAGUGAAAGACAAUCUUUGUAGUUUCAGGAGUAAAUCUAUAUGUGGCGUUUGUCCAGCACUUAGAUGGAUGUAAAUGCAGCAACUUGU